CAGGACUCACAACAUAUCAAGCAGAACUAGAGCUUUUUAGGUCAAGUUAUCCGAUCCGGGCGUAGUGCAACGUGCACCGGUACACUUCGAACUGCGAACCCCCAUAUUGCGCAUAUAUAAGAUAUAAAAACUACGAGGCAAACCCCAAAUGCAUCAUCAUAUUAUACCAGAAUCAAAAUGCAAACGCCACACACUCCCCUCGACACCUCAAUGGCCGAUGAUGAUACUCCACUUCAAAACAACCCUCAAGAUUUUGGAAAAUCGCUUCAUGGGUGCAAUCAUUACCGGAGAAGAUGCAAAAUUCGUGCUCCGUGUUGUAAUCAGAUAUUUUUCUGCCGUCAUUGUCACAACGAAGCCACGAGCGCGUUGACAAACCCUAAGGAGCGCCAUGAAAUUGUUCGGCACGACGUUAAACAAGUUAUAUGUGCAAUUUGCAAUACUGAACAGCAGGUUGCUCACGUCUGCACCAACUGUGGAGUGAAAAUGGGGGAAUACUUCUGUGGAAUUUGCAAGUUCUAUGAUGAUGAUAUUUCAAAGGAACAGUUCCAUUGCCAUGACUGUGGAAUAUGUAGAGUUGGAGGUGGUGCGAAAUUCUUCCAUUGCCAAAAGUGUGGAUCUUGCUAUGAUGUAACGUUGCGUGAUAAUCAUGCAUGUGUGGAGAACUCUAUGAAAAACCACUGCCCUAUAUGUUAUGAGUUUCUUUUUGACUCUAUCAAGGGCGCAACAAUCAUGAAUUGUGGACACACGAUGCACAUGGAUUGCUACAAGGAGAUGAUCAGCCAAAAUCAAUAUCGUUGUCCCAUUUGCUCAAAAGCGGUGUGUGAUAUGUCUAGAACCUGGCGAAGAUUAGAUCAGGAGAUUGAAGCUACUGCCAUGCCUGAAGAAUACCGAUACGAGAUUCCAAUCCUGUGCAAUGACUGUAACAAUACUAGCAAAACAUCGUUUCAUAUUCUUGGACACAAGUGCAGUAACUGCAAGUCUUACAAUACACGAAGAAUUGGGACACCAAACAACUCGUUGGAGCCACAGAUUUAACUUAUUGGGAAUGGUUUUGUUAUUAUUAAUGGGUUGUGCAUAAGGAGCAUUAUGUGAGAUCUAAAUGAGGUAAAAUAUAGUCUGCUAGGUGGCUGAUAGUAUAUAAGGGUCCAAUGUCCACAAGAAGCCCAAUCCAUAUUCGUGUUGAAACUAAGCAACUGUCAUGUGCCUUAUGAGGGUGAAUGGCGUGUUUGGAUUUGUUGUCCAAAGUGAUUACUAGGACUUGAACUCAUGAUAGUAAGUUUUAAGUACUUGGUAGAAGUUGAUUUUGGUUAUGUGAUCAUAAAUGGUCAAAAUAAUUGGAUUUGAAGGAGUAUGUAAAAUGUUGCUACAAGAAAAUCGAUUAUUGAAAUGAAUGUG